AUGGAUGACGCGACCGCCCUCUUGAACGAACUCGAAAAUGAGUACUGCCCGCCUUUGGACCCCGCACUUUUCGUUGCGAUUGUGGGCGAUUAUGACCUUAAUGACCAGUCUGCCGUUAAGCAGCUACGCGAUACUCUGGAUGCGCUGAAGAUAUCUGCAAAUGAACAAGAGGAUGCCCUCUUUGACCCUUCUGGGACCAGUGGGUUCGACUUUGAGGAUGCAGAAGGCAUUGCGUCGGGCCAGAGUGAAUCAUUGACAUUAGGGUCGCAUGAAACGAAUACAACAAGCCUAGGAUCGAAUUUCUCGUCACUGGGCGCAGAAGCUUCCAAUAACUCCAGAGGAAAGGCUGGUCGAAAUGGCGACUCAAAGCAGACAGGCGAUUCCACAACGGCCGUAAGAGGCUUGAGCAACUCGAAUUCAGAGGACCAGACUACCUACCUCAGUGAGAUGUUUCCUUCCAUCGACCGGUUCACAGUUGUUCAUACGCUUGAAAAAUAUGGUGGAGAUGUUGAUCGAUCCAUGGACGUCUUAUUGAACUUGUCAUUCUUCGAAAACGGCCAAGCAUCCGAUACUGAAGACGGCCAGAUCUCCAUUCCAAAGGGUAUCGAAGGGUUCGGGCGUACGUCCAAUAACAGCAAGGGACGCAGGAAAGGCAAGAAGAACAAGAACAAACAACCGUUGCAGCAACUAUCGCAAUCUGAUCACUCUCAAGCUUCCUCCUUAAGUGACAGCAGUGGACCAAAACCUGAGAAUAGGUGGGAUAAUGGAAAGAAAGAUAUGGAUUUUAUUUGUUCGAGAACAACUUUGACUAUACAGACCAUCAGUUCAGCGUACCAUCUGAACGGCGCGUCUCUACCAGCAACUAUCCGAACUCUCGCCAGAGAUGAGGCCCAAAAAUGUUCAGAGAAGGAUAUGGAGGAUCCGGUAACGUGCACGCAGAUUGCCGAACUACAAGAGGAGUUUUCCACCUUUCCAGCUAAAGAUCUCGCUGGUCUCCUAAGAUUAACGAGGAACUGCAUCUCCGCUGCGAACGAACUAGCAAGAGUAAUGAUACUUGAGCCCAUACCCAAUCUCCUACAACCAGUUUACAGAGCAACCCCAGAAUCAUCCACCUCACUCCAGAACACUGCAAACCGCAAUAGUACGAGAACGCCAUCCGUUCCAUCAACCAUCACCAAACGACACUAUAACCACGCGGCCAGCCGCGCCAUUGCAGAGAGACACCUCAUGGCCAGCCAACAAGCCUUUGAGAAAGCCAACACAGCGUACCGCCGCGGGAAAUCAGACCAUCUCAUGGGCGGUGCGGCAGGAUACUACUCCUCCGUGGGCCGUGAGCAUUUCGAAAAGGCCAAGAAAGAGUCUGCCAUCGCCGCAGACGCACUAGUCUACAGCCAGUCAACCAGCAGCGUCCUAGAUCUACAUGGUGUCAGUGUCCAGGAUGCAGUGCGAAUCGCAAAGGAGGGCGUAGAGUCCUGGUGGGAGUCUCUGGGCGAAGAGAAGUAUUCCAAUCGCAUGCGCGGACAGGGGGGGAAACGUAUCUACCGUAUUAUCACAGGGCUUGGACGACAUAGUAAGAAUGGCACUGCGAAACUGGGGCCUGCUGUCGGGCGAUGCCUGGCUAGAGAAGGAUGGAAGGUAGAGAUUGAGAGGGGCGCGUUGAUAGUGACUGGGUUGGCAUAUCGGUGA